UAUUGUGACAAGCUACAGGCAAUAUCAAGGUACAUUGGACAUAACUUUUAUAUAAUCCGCAACUAUGAAACCUCCAUUUCGUCAGCGAACUGAACCGUCACGCUUUCUACUUCAGAGCAUUGAGCAAAAACAGACAGUGAGAGACAAAUCAUUCUGCAAAGGAUGGGCUCGCAAAGAUCUACAGAGCUUUUUGCAAGCUUUGAAACUACAGAAUAAUUUUGAAUCGGAGUUAGAUCUGACUGAGCUUCAAAAGAAAGUUCCCAGACGAUCUCUCAAAGAGAUUGAAGGCCUGAUAAAGUCCCUGAAGUCACGUAUGCUGCAGAAGGUUUAUCUUCAGGUUCAGAGUCAGAGGAGGGAGUAUCACAAGACUAAGGUUCCCAUUGAAAUCUGGGCAGAGCUGGUUCAGAAAAUCUCCAGAUCCCAUGAGAAGACUAUUUCCUCUGCCUUUUCCCAGAUGCUUGUGAUUUCUGCCACAGAGCCAUGUGGCCUGAUGCACUCUGAACCUCCACAUCCCACCAGCCGAACACCUGCUUUCUCCAGACUUUACCCAGUUCAGUCCCCUAAAACCCCCUAUCGGCCUUCCGCCUCGGACAUGAGCCCAAAUCCUGCCGUUUUCACUACCUCAGCUGCAUCUCUUAUUCAGCCUGACUCUAGUUCUAAUGCUGUUGACCAUAUUAGCAAAUUGGAUAAUGCAUCAAGCAAUUCACCUGUAGUGCCUAACACACCUGAGACACCAACAUCCUCACAGAUGACAAGAAGCCCAAGCCAACUACAAUCACAAGCAGAACCAACAGUGUCCAGUCCUGUUUCCACUGAUCCAGUGUCACCAUCAGUUUCCUCAAAUAGACACAAUCUAGUUCGAUUGGGACUGUUAGAUCAUGAUAACUUGUCAUCCAAACCAAGAAUGCUGAAGUGUGUUAUGAAUUUUGACAAGAUUUAUAAAUAUUUAAGUGGCGUUGGCUCUAUAACCGGCAAUUCAUCCCUUACUUCUAUGGAGAGUGCAGUGCUGUUGGAUAUGCUGAUGUGUUUGCCUGAGGAGCUCCCCUUACUGGACUGCGAGGAACUUCAACAUCACCUCCUCCAGUUACACUCGCAGCUUUCAAAAACAGCUGCUUCUUCAAACGUCCCAUGUGCGAAUGUAGCUGAUUCUACUGUAUUAACACAGAAACUUAGGACUACUACUGGAUCCUCUACAGAGUCUGUCACAGAACCAGCAAAGGACAAAGACUGGGCUACGGCUGGCACCUGUCCUCUCAAUCCUUUGUUAGUUCCAGUAACCUUGCUGAAAAGACUGUCUCUGGAUUCUGAGAAAUGAUAUGCUUAGGCUGAACCCCUUCAGAAUUCAGCUGAGACCAAGUAACCUUCUGUGUGGUUCUCAUGUUUCACUUUUCUACAGGUUCAGAUUUGUUCUUUUCUUUUGUUUGGGAAAUGUGUGUAUAAUGUAUUCAUAUUAUUUCAUUACACUUGAGUUGAUGAUUCUGUUAAAAUAAGUUUCUUAUAAAAAUAUCCAAGACAUAAAAUAUGAAAAAUAAAUGUAACAUUGAAUAUUUAAAGUGUCUACAUUUUCAAAUUGUUGUGAAUGUAAACAACCAUUUAUUGCAGUUUGUAUAUUUUCAGCAUUGUCACCAGUCUAGUGCUCUUGAGUUUCCUUCUCUUUUUUUU